AUGUUUUCCCAAUAGACUGAUUAAAAAGAAGUGAUUACUAAUUUUCCUGAAAACACAGAUAAAAUCUUAGAAUCUUAAAAUGAAUUAUUUGACAACAAAAUGAGAAUAAUUUUGAUGGCAAUAGAAAUAGAAAGAUUACAUAAGAUCUUAAAUUCUAAAAUAGAUUAUUACACUUAAAAAAUGCAAGACUAUAUUAAGAGAGGUUAAAAUUAUAUGUAAAACUUAGAGUUAUUUUAUAAAGGAUAAAUUGUUGAAUACUUGUAAAGGAAUACUGAAUUAAAUUAAUAAAUUCUUGAGAAAAAUGCCUUAAUUUCUCAUAAUAUUAAAGAAAAGUAUAAGGAAUUAGUUAUGUAGUUCUUAAUAAGAAAUGAACAUGCUUAUAACUCAAUAGUGUCUCUAAUUUGAACAAGAACUAAAAAGUUUUUAGUUAAAGAAUUUAUAAUUAUAAAAAGAAAAUUAAGAACUUCGAUCAUAAUUUGAGGAUGCUCCUUAAUUAAGAAAGAAAUUAUAUGAUUUAGAAUAAUUAUAUUCAUAAUUGUUAAUAGAAAAAAAUGAAGAAAUUAAAUAAUUAAGUUAAAAUAAUUAAGAAUGUACCCUCAAAAAUUCUUAAUUAGAUACACUUAAUUAACUUUUAUAAUACAAAGAAUUGGAAUUAUUGGAAUGGUAAUAUAGCUCUUAAUAAACUAAUUUAAUUCAUGAAAACCAAAGAUUAAAAAAAGAACUUAAAUUCUUGAAUGACAAAUUAAAUGUGUUAUUAAUUAAUAAUGAUCAUCUAAAAGUUAAAUAAGAUGAUAUUUAGAAUUAAAAUUAUUGUUAGACUACUAUUCCUAAUAAAAUAUUUACAUAAGCAAAUGAUAUAAGGAACUAAACUCCAAGAAGAUAAUAAAUUAAUCCAACAUAAGAUUAAUUAUUUAAUAGACAAAAUACUCCUUCAAAUUAAUUAUAAUCAUCAUAAAUUCCGAUAAAUUUGUAAUCUUUAUCUUAACCAUAACGAGAUAAUAUUAAUAUUCAAAAUGAUAAUAAUAAUAAUUAUUUAUUUAAGGAACUUAUAGAAUAAAUUUUAUUCAUUCAAAAUCAAAAAACUUAAUCAAAAUAAAGUAUAUAAAAUCAAAUUUCUUUAUUAAUUAAAGUUUUGAACUUGAAACAAUAAGAAAUAUCAUAAUUUAUCUAUUAAAAAAAGUAAAUAGUAUAAUUAAUUAGAAAUCUUAGUAAUUAUGUAAUCAACUAGAAAUUAUCAGCGUCCCCAUAAUUUAUAACUAAUCCAUAAACAAAAAAAAUGCAGAAAUAUUAUAGCCUUUCCCCAAAUAACUGUUAUUCUUAACCUUAUGUAAUUUUAUAACCUCGUUCAAGAAGUCCAAUUAAUUAAUAUCAUAAAGGAAUCAAAACGGAAACAACAUUUCAUUCAUAUUCAAAUAUGUUAAGACAAUAAAUAACUCCAAUUGUUAUCAAGGUAUAAAAUAAUAUAAUAAUUAAAAGCCAUAAAAUAUUGUCACUUAUAAUUAUAGCAAACCACAAACUUAGAUUCAUUAUCAUUUUUCUCCCAUUCAAAAAACUGUAGUGAAAUAGAGUUUUCAAAAUCCACCUUAUAUUGUAAGAAAUACAUAACCUAACGUGGCUGUCUAAUUCUAUUAACCUAUUAAGUAUUUUACUUUAUAUAUUUAGAAUAAACGUCAACCAACCCAAUUUGAGAAGUUUUGAUAAAUAGGAGUAAAAUCUAAAUGAAAAUAUGAAUUAACCAGAGUUUAAUGUUUAUACUACUGAAUUCUAAGUUAAUUCUUAAGAAAACAUAAAUAAAGGAGAAUCUCCUCAAAAAAACUAAAUAAAUUUUCCAAAAUAGGAUAGUAUACUAUUAAUUAAAGAUAUUUUAGUUAUAAAUGAUAAAUCGCAAUAGCAAAAGAGUCAUUUAGAUGGAAGAUUACCUCAAAAUGUCUUUAUUUCUAAUGAAGGUCAAUCAUUAUCUUAAAAAUCAUUUGAAAUUUAUUAAGAAGAGCAAAUUUUUAAUAAAAUAACUCUACAAGAUCCUGUAUCUAUAAUUAAAUAAAAAUUAAAUGGUUAAGUAUAAUCUUAAGAAAAUACUAAAGAUAAUUUUAACAUAAUUUACUAAUAAUUUCAAGAUUUUAGAUCAAUAUUCAAGCAGAAAUUAUAUAAUAAAGAAUAAGAAUUUUAGAAAACUUAUUCCAACGCUUUAGAAUAACUCUAAAAAUUAGAAAACCUAAUUUUAGUUUUAGUGAAUGAGAAAACAUAAUAGAUUUCAAAUUCAAGGGACAAUAAAUUUAAUAGAAUUUCAUAUGAGAAAAUAGGGACAGAUUAAUAAAGAGAAUAUCAAAGUUAUAAAAUUGAGUAACCAAAUUCCGAUUAUUUUUUAAUUAAAAAAUAAACACAGAUUAACGAAGCUAAUGAUUUUUUGUAAUAAAUAACUAAACAGAAGAAAUUACUAGAUGAAUAAAGAAAUCAUUUUAUAUAAUUAAUUUCAUUAUAAGAUGAAAUUUAAAAUAAAUAUGAACCUUUAGUAUCUAUAUUAUUUUAGAAGGAAUCAGAAUUAAAUAAAGAAUUAAUUGAAAUAAAAUAAGACAAAGAAAUGUAAAAAUUAAAUUUAACUUUACGAUUAUAAGUUUAAUCUGAAGAAAUUACUAAAUUUAAAUAAUAAAAUUCUUAUUUAUAACAAAAGCUAAAUGAUUAUAAGAAUGAAUUGAAAGAUGUUCAAUUAAAAUUAAAAUUUGAACAUGAUUAACAUUAAAUAACAAAGCAAAUAGUUUAAUCCUUGUAAUAAGAAACUGAUAAGUAUUAAGACUCAACAUCAGAAAUUUAAAAAAGAAAUUCAUAUUUAGAAUAACAAAUUAAAUAAACAGAAUAAUUGCUAUUUGAAGCUUAAACUAACUCGAAAAAACAAAAAUUAAGCUAUGCUAAAGAAACAUAAACUAUAUCAUUUGAAAAUUAAUAAACAAUACAAUAAUAAAUUCAAAAUGAUUAGAUUGAAAUAGAAAAUCUUAAAUAAAAACUAUGCUUUGAAUAAGAAUUUACUAAUUAACUAAAUGAUUCUAUAUCUACUCUCUAAUAGUAAAUUUAAACCUAAGAAUAAUUACUUUAAAUUUAAAAAUUAAAUAACUCAAAUCAAUUUGAUGAAAUUCAAAAUCUUACCAAAGAAAAAAUAGAAAUUUCUUAAUAAUUAAAAAUGUUUUAAGUCAAAUAUUUAUCAUUAUAUGAGUAACUUGAUUAAAUAUAAAAAUAAAAAGAUAUUGAUUAAAAUAAUGAAUAAAUAUAAAAUAUAGAUAUAAUUAAGAACUUAAACUUUUAAAUUGAAGAUAUGAAAUAAAUCAACUAAUUUCUAUCCAAUUAGAUUUCAUAAAUAUAAUCAAAUAGCGAAAUACAAAUUUCAGCUCAAAACACUGUUUUAUCUUCUAAAAUUGCACUUUUAAAAAAAUAAUUAGCUUCAGAAAAGUAAUUAAAAGAAUAGGCAAAUAUUAGAAUAAUGGAACUUCUAAAGUAAUUUCAAGGUUUGUAAAAUCAUAUAUAAUAAGAUGAAACAUCUGAUUUAAAGGAACAGAUCAUUAAAUUAUCAAAUUAGUAAUAGUUAUAACAAUAACAAAAGUAAAAUUUGAUUGAGUCAUUUGAAUAAAAUUUAAAUCAACUUAAAUAAUAAAUAAAUGAACUAACUCACUAAAAUUCUAAUUUUUAAGAGUAAAUCAAAGAUUUUGAAACAAAAUAAUUAUUACACUUGUAAUUAUAAAAACAAUUUGCAAACUAAACUAAUUUAAUUAAUUAAUAAUAAUAAUAAAUAGUUAUUUUAUAAUAAGAAAAUAAUCAAAAUUAAAAUGAUUUACAAAAAUUAAGAUAAAAUUAAAAAUUAGAUAUUUAAGAUUUUGAAGACCAUCAAAAUGAUCAAAUUAACUAUUUAAAAUAGUAAAUAGAUGAAUUAAAUUUAUAUAUUUAGAAUCAAUAAAGAGAUAUAAAUUAUUUAGAAAGUUAAAUAUAGUUUGAAUAACGAGAAAAAAAUAUCAUAACUUAAAAUAAAACAAAUUUAGAUAGACUAAUCAAAUAAAUGUAAGAAGAAAAUAUUUAAUUGUAAAAUUAAAUACAAAUCUAACAAAAUAAUAUUGAAUCAUUAAGUAAAAAUAUUAGAUAAUCUAAUACUAUUCAUAAUUAAUUAAGUUAAACUGAUGAAUACUAUCAAAAUUAAAAUGAAAUACCUAAAUUAGAUAAUUAAUUGAAAUAAGAUUAUUAAAUUUUAAUUUAAGAAUACCAAAAACUAAAAGAUGCUCUAUAUUAAAUAACUGAGGAAAAAAAUAAAUUAGAAAUGAUUUUAAAUUAUUAAAACUAAGUUUAAGAAUCUAAGUUUUAAGAAAUUAAACAAUCACAAACCAUAAUUAAAAUUGAUAAAAAUGAGGAGAAAAAUUAAUUAAACUAAAAUGAAUUUAAAAAUAAAUAACACUAAAUCAAAGAUUUAGACAUAUAAAUUUCAGCAGCCUUAGUAAAAUUAGAUGAAUUUGAUGAUUUAAACAUUAGGAAUGAGUAAAUAAAAUAUGAUUUAUAAAUUUAGAUUUAAAGAUUAAAAUAAUAAACUCUUUAUAUUUAAUAAUUAAGAACUGAACAAAUAGAACAAGAUAAAAAUAAAGAUAAUAUUUAAUAAAAGUAUCCAUCAAACAACUUUAAUCAGAAGAUAGAUGAAUUAAUAUAAAUAAUCUAAAUAUUAAUAAUAAGUAUUGGAGAUCAUAUAUAGCUUAAUUCUAAAAUUGUUAUGAAUACUUAAAUGCUUUACUAGCUAUUAGUUGAAAUUAAUAAAAUAAUCGAAUCAUUUCAAUAUUAAAAUUAAACAUUGAAAAGAGAAGGAAAUUUAACAGAACAACAAAAUUAUUCUACCACAUAGAAAGAUUAUUAAAAAUAAAGUAUAGAAUUAAUAAUUGAAAAUGAUCAAUUAAAAUUAAAAUUAAAUUAGUACUAACGUCUUUUAAUACAAUUAUAGGAUGAGUAUUAUAAAUAAGGAUCAGCAUUAGAUAAUAUAACUAAGGAAUAUUAACAAAUUAUUGAUUAAAAUGAAUAUAAAGUAAUAAAAUUAAUAGAUUUUGAACAAUUAAACAAUACAAUAAAUAAGUAAGAAAAAUAAAUAGAGGAGUAUUUGGAUUAGAUUUAAUAUUUAUAAAAUCAUUUUGAUUAAGAAUAAAAAAAGUAAUUGGAAGAAGGAAAUGCAAGAUUGAAUAAUAAAAGAUAAGAAAAUCAGAAACAAAUGGAUAACCAAAUUUAAAUUAUUUAAGAAAAUAUUAAAUUAAAACAAGAAAUAUCUAAUCUAUAAUCUGAAUUAUAAAAAUAAAAUUAUUAAGAAGAUUUAAGAGAAGAACAAAAGUUGAUAUAAAAAUAAAGUUAAGAGGAAUAUACUCAAUUAAAACAAGAGGCUUAAAGAUUAUAUCAGCGAUUGUUAUAAAUGUCAAAUAGUAACAAUAUAUUGAAAGAAGAAAAGGAGUAGGAGUAACAGAGAUAUUAGAGGGAGUGUAAAUAAAUUUAAGAAAAUUUAGAAAAACACAAAAAUGAAAAUAUUUAAUAUAAAUUAUAAAUUGAUAGAUUAUCAAAAUAGCUUUAAGAAUAAAAGAGUAAAUCAGAGAGUAACCUAUAAUAAGAAUUCAAUAAACUAUAGUAUACUUUAGAUGCUAGUUUAAAAUAAUAAAAGUAAAUUAAUGAUGAAAAAAGAGUAAUCUAAGCUUAAGUUUAAUAAUAAUAAGAAUAAUUAGCAAAUUAAUUAAAUAUUAUAAAUUAACUAAAAAAAGAAAUAUCAAAAUAAGAACAAAUUAUAUCUUAAUUAUCUUAAUAAAAUAAUAUUCAAUCAUCAUUUGUCUAAGAAGUAACUUUUUUUGAAGAUUUAAAAAAUUCUUCCCCUUUUGAAUUUAAAAUUAAAUAAUUAUAAAAUGAAAAUUCCCAUUUACAUCAAUUAUUAAUAGAUACUGAAAAUGAUUAUAGUCAUAAAAUUAAAUUAUAAUAGCUUUAAAUAUAAGGAUUGAAUGAUAAGUUAAGAGAAAUGGUUUAUGAAUAAAAUAAGAAAAAUCCUAAAGUAGAUGAGUUCGUAAAAAUUAAUAAUUAGAAUCAUUGA